AGAUGGUGGCUUUACGCUUCCUCCAUUCAAAUCCAGUUUUGGCGCCACUCUUUUACUCUUUAUUUAACCACCCUAUUUCCAUCUCCAAGCAAUUGCUUCAAACACCAUUUUGAGUUUCUUGAAAUCUUGGCAGCGGAAUUGAGUAGUGCCAUAAAAGAAUGGUGAAAAAGUCAUCAUCUUUUGGAAGCAUUGUGAGGAAGAGGCUCUCAGAUAUCACAACAUCCCUCCCACAGCUCAAACCCCAUAUCGACUUUCAAAAGGAAAAUCGAUCAACGAAGGACUUCGUUGAUCAUCUUGUCAAGGAAAACAUUGCACUGGCGAGACUCAUACAAGAAAGAAACAAAGUAAUCGAAAUGAGUGGAAUUGAGCUGAAUGCACUGAGAGCGGGUUUUCAGAAAGUUCAGCUGCAGAACUCGAAUCUUGCUCAAUCUAAUACUCACAUGUUGGCGGAACUUCACUUUAAUAAAGAAAAGGUAAAGGCACUGCAGCAUGAGCUAGUAUGCAAGGAGGCCAUGCUCAAAGCAAGAUUCGAUGUUAAGAAUAAGGAGGCUGAAGUUGGGGGCUGCACACCAAAUGCAGAUGCAAAACCAAACAAAAGCAAUAGGAAACUUCAAGCUACAAGGAGCCGAUCAAUGGUCUAUUCAACUACUUCUCAACAAGCUUCAGAAAAGACAGCUGCAGAUAGCAAACGACAUUGUUUAAGAAGGCAACAACGAGAAGCGGCUAAGAAAGCGUUUGAAUGUGAAGAUACUGCAAGUAAAUGUGAUAAGAUGGUUGAAGAUGGUCAUACUCCCUCGGGCAACAAAUCGUCAUGUUUGAAAAGAGCAACUUUAGGAAGACCAUUGCGCAGAGCAGCGGGGAAGGUGCAAGUUCCUCUUAAUAUCAAGAUGAGAACAUUAGAUUGAGCUUUCUGGCAAAUUUGCCAUUUCUACAUGGAAAUAUUUAAGUAGUAGAGUUUGCACAUGUAUUGAAUGUAACAUGCAAGUGGCCACUCUUUUGAAUUCUGUAGGAUUUUAGCUCCUAAAAUACUACGUAUAGGCUAAAGAGAGUGAUUUACAUUGGAAAGAUUAAAGAAAUCGUGAUUUGGAGAGUUUUUUCCCGUAUUAACGCUAAUUAAUUAAA